AUGACGAACGGGUCGACGGCCUCGCGUCGCAAUCCGAAUAAAUCGGUCCGCGUUGCGUUUGGUCCCGAUUUAGAGACCACGAUUCCCACCCGCGAAAGAUCUCCAGCUCCGUUGGGUGGCCAUCAGCGUUCGCUCACAGCAGUUGAACACAAGCACCCCGCACUGACACCGCCAGGGCGCCCAACUAGUUCAUCUGGAGAGAACAGCGCCAUUGGAGAUAUCCCACCCCGCCGCCCAUCACCUCGGCGAUCGGAGAGUAGCCGACCGUCCAUGAUGAAGAGAGCCAAAAGUGACUAUGGGCCAAGUCGGAUAACCUUCGAUAAAGUGGCGGGCGAUGACGAUGAAGAUUUUGCUAUGCGACAUGGGUGGCAGGAGGAAUAUACUUCGAGCGAAUAUCUCAAGAUCUUACAUUCGAACUUCUACAUGUAUUUCACCGAGAAACGCCAUGAGACGAACGGAAUUCCCAGGGACCCUGUUGGGAGUUGGCCAAGUCAGGACUGGCGCAUGAAAGAUCGCCUGAAAACUGUGUCUGCGGCUUUGGCUAUCUGUCUGAACAUCGGAGUCGACCCUCCCGAUGUGGUCAAGACCAACCCAACAUCGAAGCUGGAAUGCUGGGUAGACCCGACUUCUACCACAGGCGGUGGUCAAAACAAGAUCAUGGAACAGAUCGGCAAGAAGCUACAGGAGCAAUAUGAGACUUUGAGUCUUCGGACAAGAUACAAACAGUAUCUGGAUCCAUCAGUUGACGAGACGAAGAAAUUCUGUAUCUCACUUCGGAGAAAUGCCAAGGACGAGCGAGUGCUUCUACAUUACAAUGGACACGGAGUGCCGUUGCCAACUCAGUCGGGUGAAAUCUGGGUCUUCAACAAGAAUUAUACCCAGUACAUCCCUGUCCCACUAUAUGAUCUACAGUCUUGGCUAGCUGGCCCUAGUCUGUUUGUCUUCGAUGUUUCACAUGCGGGCAACAUUGUCCAAAAUUUCCACACUUUCGUGGAAAAGCAUGAGAAGGAGAACAUUGAAACUAAGAAACGAGACCCGAAUGCUGUCAUUCAGAAUUAUGGUGACUGCAUCCUCCUAGCUGCGUGCCAGAAGACUGAGUCCCUUCCGACCAACCCCGACCUUCCUGCGGACCUAUUCACAUGUUGCUUGACAACACCGAUUGAAAUAGCAUUACGCUUUUUCAUACUGCAGAACCCUCUACGCACCAACAUUUCUAUUGAUGACUUCCGAGUCCCCGGUCGACUCCAAGAUCGUCGAAGCCCUCUUGGAGAACUGAAUUGGAUAUUCACUGCAAUUACCGAUACAAUUGCAUGGAACACCUUACCUCGGGCUUUGUUCAAGAAGCUCUUCCGGCAGGAUCUAAUGGUCGCCGCUCUUUUCCGCAACUUUUUGCUCAGCGAACGCAUCAUGCGCACAUACAAAUGCCAUCCGAUCUCUUCGCCUGAAUUGCCAGACACACACCAUCAUCCGCUAUGGAAAAGCUGGGACCUUGCCGUCGAAAUGGUGUUAUCUCAGCUACCUGCUCUUAUUGAUCAAGAAGAAGGGCGCCGGCAGUAUGAGUACCAGCACUCAACAUUCUUCGCUGAGCAACUCACUGCUUUUGAGGUAUACCUCUCGUCCGGUCCUACCGAGAAGAAUCCACCAGAUCAGCUUCCCAUUGUCCUCCAAGUCCUCCUGAGUCAAGCACACCGCUUGCGAGCCUUGAUUCUUUUGAGCAAAUUCCUGGAUCUCGGCCCAUGGGCUGUCCACCUUGCGCUCAGCAUUGGCAUCUUCCCCUAUGUCGUCAAGUUGCUGCAAUCAGCAGCCCAAGAAUUGAAACCAGUUAUGGUUUUCAUAUGGGCGAGAAUCAUGGCAGUCGAUCACACUGUACAAAACGAUCUACUCAAAGACAACGGCAUCCACUACUUUAUCUCAAUCCUGAACCCUUCUUCCCCCAUUCCUGUGGGAAAUGCCAGCGAGCACCGCGCCAUGUGUGCUUUCAUAGUCUCGAUCUUCUGCAAAAACUAUCCCCAGGGACAGAACGUCUGCCUCUCUGGUGAAUUGUUUGAUUCGUGCCUCAGGCACCUUGGCGAUGUGGAAAAUCCCCUACUACGGCAGUGGUCUUGUCUGUGUCUCAGUAUGCUCUGGUGCGAUUUCCCCGAAGCCAAGUGGAUGGGAAUUCGAUGCGCAGCCCCCGCUAGGCUCUGCGAGUUGAAUUUCGACCCCGUACCCGAAGUUCGCGCUGCUAUGCUUCACGCUGUGACUACGUUCUUGGGAAUUCCAGAUCUAACAGACCAAGUUGCACAAAUCGAGGAGACCUUAGCACUUGCAGUCCUGCCCAUGUCUGCCGAUGGAAGUGUGGUUGUCAGAAAGGAGCUUCUAGUAUUCUUCUCAACAUUUGUCAGACGCCACCAGAACAAAUUUUUGGUCGCAGCAUUUGAGGAGCUUGAGGAAGAAAAGCGGUCCCUGUGUCAUCGCUUGCAGAGCGAAACCUCUCAGACUAGCCGCUCCGAAGGGCAGAUUGUAGCAUUAUGUUCUCAGACGAAACAGCCCCAGCUGUCUCGCAAUACAACUUUCGGGACUAUCUGGAAGCAGCUGCUGGCUCUCUCAGUUGACCCUCAUCCGGACAUCGCCCAGGAUGCCGCCGUUAUCGUUGAUUAUAUCCACCUUGCCUUGUUGGAAUCUCCAAUGGCGCCACUCACUAACAAGCUUCAGAACGAGAUUCUGGAAAUCACAGGCUUGACGAAAUUCCAGCCUCGCGAGCGAACCGAGGUAAAGAAAACUGCACCACCUUCAACGCCUCCAUUGUCCGGAGCAGCAGCCUCAAAACAAGAAGGCUAUCUUUCUUUGGGUUUCAGGAGAACUGCCAGCGUCGCUGCUUCCCUGAAGAACCUUGCUUUUGGCAAUGCAGCAGCGGACCCAUCCUCAGAUAAUUCGAACCCUCCUUCGCCUUCAGCCAGCCGUAAGACAAUUACCCCACGCGGCCGGGCCCCUCCUGAAUGGACCCGGCCCCCGGAAGUAAAUGAUCAUGUUGCUCCCGCAACAGGAUACAACCAGGCCCCGGUUCCCACGUCCCGAGGAUUCCAACCCAAAGGCCUUGAUAUUAUGCCAGUUAUUCCCCUAAAGAGUCGAUUCCUAGACUGGUCCACUGAGGUAAUCCCGGAUUUUGAAUCCAUCAAGUCCCGCAACCAUUAUUACAUGCAUUUACUCACCCUUUACAAGUAUUUCCGGGAGCCCCAGAUGAAACCAAACGAGCCGGAUGAGCCUGGUAGCUCCGACUACAACCAGCGCCUCUGGAGACGCGGCCGCAACGAAAAGAUUAUUGCUGAGACUCAACCCCUCAAAGGGAAAGCCGGAGCGAGCCGAUGGGAUAACUCGGUUGCUUUGCUAUCGAAUGGUAGCCAGCCCCACAAGAUGUGUUUCCAUCAAUUUGAGGAUCACAUUGCUGUCGCAGAUGACCGGGAUACAAUUUCCAUCUGGGACUGGCAGAGCCACAAACGCCUCAAUCAAUUCUCAAAUGGCAACCCGGCUGGGUCAAAGAUCAACGAGGUCCGAUACAUCAAUGAGGAUGACCAGGCACUGCUUAUGACUGGAUCUUCUGAUGGUGUGAUCAAACUUUUCCGUCAUUACGAGACCAAUACGGAUAUUGAAAUAGUCACAGCCUUCAGAGCCCUCCCUGAACUGAUUCCAAGCAAUCGCAAUGCAGGCCUUGUGCUUGAUUGGCAGCAAGGUCAAGGCAAAGCUCUGGUUGCAGGUGAUGUUAAGGUCAUCCGCGUCUGGAAUGCUGCUACUGAGGUGUGCACAAACGAUAUUCCGGCACGAUCGGGCUCCUGCAUCACAUCUUUGACGUCUGACCAAGUAGCGGGCAACAUAUUUGUUGCCGGUUUCGGUGAUGGUGCUGUCAGAGUCUUCGAUCAACGAUUGAAGCCAACCACAUCCAUGGUCAAAGUUUGGCGCGAGCACAAGCAAUGGAUUACAAAUGUCCAUAUGCAGCGCGGUGGUUUACGAGAACUGAUAUCAGGUGGCCGUAAUGGUGAAGUCCGACUUUGGGAUCUUCGCAUGGAUAGCCCGAUUUCCACCAUCUAUGCCACCAAAGACACCCUACGGACCUUGAGUGUUCACGAACACGCUCCUGUGUUCAGCAUGGGUACAAAUCGCCACGAAGUCAAGACUUUCAAUGUGGAUGGCACAUACCUUUCUACAUUCGAGCCAUACUCGAGCUUCCUUCAUCACAACCGAUCCUCGCCCAUUGCCAGCACUGCCUUCCAUCCCCACCGGACUGUGCUUGCCUGUGCCGCAUUGAACGACCAUCAUGUAAACCUCGUGUCCUGCUAA